AUGUCCAGCAAAACAGCAAUCUUGACCAACAAGGCACCAAAGCCUCUGCCGGGCAUCUACAGUCAAGCUAUCGUCGCCAAUGGUUUUGUCUACUGCUCAGGAGCUAUUGCUGGAGACACAACAGGCAAGAUAAUCGACGGAGACAUCCAAGCCCACACUGUAAACCACUGGUUUAUCCCCUCCAGAAUCAUGAACAGAAUCAUUGACACCUUGCACAGNCAUCAAUGCAUCAAAAACCUUACCGCCGUACUCGAGGAAGCGGGAACGACCAUUGACAAAGUCAUCAAGGUGAAUGUGUUCUUGGCCAGUAUGGACGACUUUGCAAAGAUGAAUGAGGUGUACAAGACUUAUUGGGGCGAUGUGAAACCUAGCAGGACAUGUGUUGCUGUCAAGACCUUGCCAUUGGGUACGGAUGUCGAGAUCGAGUGUGUUGCAGUGUUGUAG